CUCAAUUUGUCAGCUGCACGCGAUUGGCCGACGAAUUGGACGGCCAUUUUAAUUUAGUCUCACAAGAUACGCUGUAAAUUUGCGACAAGUUUACGGACAACAAAGCGCCCGUUGGCGUUGGUCGGUUUAAAUAAUGGAUUAGUCUAAAGACGUAUACAAGAUGGCCGACAUUCGCCAAUAUGGCCGCUGAAAAGUGAUUUGUGCUGUGAUUGGACGAUUUCUUUUGUGAUUUUUGUUACUUUGGACAAAGACGGUUUUAAGGAGCCGUAGGAUUUGGGGCUUCGCAACGGAUACACAUGGACGCCCUACCUCACUCGUAUUUCAUUGGAAACCGUUUCACGAACAAAUCGCUGCCGGGCCUCGUGCCGCACAUACAGUACCAUUUGUGCAGAUCGAGUACAAACAUGCUCCUGAAAAUUGAGAACCAAUUACUCCAAAGACACCGACAGCGCGAAACAACUGGGAUUAAGAAACUAUAUAAUUCGUUCUUCGUUCUAUUUUAACUAUUUAAUUGAACUCACUUCU